AUGAAGGUGGCGGCCCUGAGGGCGGGCGCCCUUCUCUCCAGGCUGCGCCGCUCCCCGCCGGCCCCCAGCCCGCAACCCCCGUCCGCCGGGGGCCGCGCCGAGGGCAGGGGCGGCCGCGCCCCGCGCCCGGCCCCCAGCGAGGCGGACAAGGAGCCCGGGGGGCGGGCGGCGGCCAAGGCGCUGCUCGUCACUCUGCCCGACAUCGGGGAGGAGGCGGUGGCCGAGGGCGACGAGGCGGCCGGCAGCCCACAGCUUCCCGUGAAGGGACUGUCCAGAGGUUCCCCAAAUCAGUGUCUCUCUGGAAAAAGUGGAGUGUCUCUUCCAUCAGUUUUUGCAAGAAAUGUUCAAGAAGCCAUUGACAAUUAUACCUGUGAGACACUUUCAUCCCUUUCACCUAGUGAUUGCACAACACCCACGGAGCUGAAUAAUUCUUGGUCUGGAAUAAACAGCUAUACUACUAGUUUGUCUACUGAAAGAAGUUCGAUUUACUCCUGGAGGGAUGAUGAAUUUGAUAAAGCCAACACACAGAGAGUGCAACAGUUGUUUUGGGAGAUUGAUGAAUUGCUGUUUGAAGGAAAAGUGACCUCAAAAACAGAGAACCUGCAGGCAGAAUGUGCAGAUUGGGUUGAACAAUUUCCUCAUAUAAGGGUUCUAGGAAAGCAGCUCCUAGUGCCAAAGGAUGAAGGCUUUCAGCAUUUUCAGAGCAGAAAUGAUGCCCGUGUAGAUACUAAGUGUGUGCCUGGCCUCCUUGAAUGUACUGGUCAUACAAAAGAGCUCUGCAUCUCAGGCUCUAAACUGAUCCCAACAGUAUCUCCAAUACAUACAUCACUGCAUUCAAGUUCCAGUAGGAUUUCUGCUUCAGACUCAGCCAUGUAUUCCUUCCUGGAAGAAGAAAUUUAUGAUGAGGAUGGAAAAAUAGAGGAAUAUCUUGCCUUUGACAACAAGGAACUUGAGGAUGAGAUUUGGGAACAAAAGAAAAUGCGUCUUUCUGAGAAGAGGUGUAAGCGUGGCAUUCCCCCUGUUUCUCCCAAUGCCUGUAUCAAAGAUGCUGUGGCUUCUGAAGUGUUUGAUCAUAUCUGGAGCAAUGUCAUUGGAAUAUUGGAGGAACUGAUUAAAAAAAAUUGGGAAACUAGUAUCCCAGAGUGUGACCAACAAAUAGAAAAACUGACAACUGUUACAGCAAAACUGCUGCAUUUGCCAGCCAUUCAUAUUACAGCAGAUGUUGGGACCAUUCCACUUUUCAGAGGCUCUGAAGCACAAAGUGUAUCUUUUGGGGCUCCUUCAGUUUCAUCACAGGUUUACCGUUUCUCCAGCAACUUCUGCAGUGAUCUGAGUGGUGUGAUGACAAUUCAAGCAAAACCACUCCAACAGAGGCAUGCUGCUGUGGCAGAAAAACACCAGAAUGAGCAAGAAGACAAACAGCAUACCAGUACCUCCAGCACUCCAAAUUCAGCACAUGCCAGGUUGGGGAGAAUUUCUGAUAACAGUGUUCUCUCACCAUCUCCGGCUCUGCUGGCAUCUUCUAGGAAAGUACCAAGGUUACCCUCUCUCACCUCUGACCAUCCCUGCUCAGAAGUUCCUAAUAUGCACAAUGAUGAAAUCCGUAAAGGAAAAAAAAAGGUUGGCAGUAGUUUAUCUUCUGCUCGUGCGCCUGCGACCCGGAACAAGUUACCCCCAAUAAACUCCGAGGCUGUUGAACAACGUGUUUCAGUACCUCGAAUGCAGCAGAGCCCUCAUCAAGAACAAUAUACUCAGAGCAGAGUGUCAAGUGCAAUGGCUGGCAGGGCAGAGCAGCAGCCACUCAGAGAAAGAACUGUUACUGUUGAUCAAUUUCCAAGACCCAACACAACUCAUACAUUCAGGAGAGACACACCUCAGAAGAAGUCACUGACUCCUGUGGAUUUUGCUAACCACAGAAGGACCGGUCAAGGAUUUUUGAUAACAGGUUCACAGAAUUACUCCAGAUCCUUUCAGAAAAAUCCUCCAAAUUCAAAGAAGAGAUUUCAGAUUGCUUCUUAGCCUGUUUUAGGAAGAAACAGAAAGCCUCUGCACUGAUUGAAAGACUGAAGCACUAAAUUUGCCACUUAGUAUCUUGUGUAACAAAGAAGGUGUGCAUAUGCUGGUGUCUGCUGAGCCUUGCAGUCCUCAGGAUGUCUGCAUUGCCUUCUUUUAAAAUUAUUUGACCAGAGCUUAGAUUAAAAAUUAUAGCAAAAGGAAAUAAAUGGUUGAGGUGUCUGCUCUGCAGUA